CCGACCUGAGCAGUUCUUUAGUUUAGUAUGCCUUUAGUUGAUCAGGGGCCUCGCCUGGACACAACCUUGCAGACAGCCGAGAACAACAUUCGCAUCGCGAACAGCAUAAAUUUUUCUUUUGCUUUCUACAUCGAUUCACGAAGAAAUGAAUUCGUUCAGCAUCAAUGCCAUACUAGGCACACAUUCGUAUGAAAACCACGAGACGUUCAACCACGGGAAACAUAAGAAUAUCGAGUACAAAGUGGAUAAUAAGAAACGUAAACUUACCGAAACAGAAGAGGAAGAAGAUGACGAGUGUGGGAGCGAACUCGAAGAAGCCCGUUCACCCUACACAGAGGACUUGGACAGAGACUCGGUAAAUUUGCAUAAAAUGCGUCGCAGACGUACGGCGUUUACGAGCUCACAACUUAAAUCACUGGAAGAGAAAUUCGACGACAAAAAAUAUUUGACAAUUUCGGAACGAAACAAACUCGCAAAAUCGCUGAGUCUUAGCGACACGCAAGUGAAAACAUGGUUUCAAAAUCGACGCACGAAAUGGAAGAAGCAAAAUAUUUCGACCCAAAACAUGACGGCACAAAAUUACGGAUUCAUGGAACAGGCUUUUCCAGGAGACUAUGGAACUUUACUUCGCAUACCUCGAGAUCCCAUUUAUCCAUACCGCACGGACUGUUUAUUACCUCCGUUUAGUAGCCUGGCGGGAAAUUAUGGACUGUUUAGACCGACACCAAAUUUACAAGUGACUUAUUCAAACAUGCCCCUUUAUCCGUACACACAAAGUCGGUAUUAUUAUGGAUAAUCUAGUAUCAAUAGGAACUUGGGAGACAAAAGAACUGUCAAAGAUGCUAAUGCCAGUGCGAUCUAAUAAUGCGCUAACAAAUUUUCUUAAUCGAUAACUCCCUCUUUCCAUGAUUUAUAUAUGAUAACAUUUCAGUAUGUCAUGGAAUUCGACAUUAAAAUAUCAUAAUCACUAUAUCAUUGAAAUCAGAGCACUUGAGGUACGGGUAAUGCCUGUUUAUAUGAAUGCAAUCAGAAGGAAUGGAAUACCAUUGAUCCAUUUAGUAAUUUUAAUGCCUUCAAAAAAAAAGGAGUUGAUGGAUUUUCUCGGAUAUUGAAACUUCAUAAAUUAAAAAGAAAGCAUUGUCGAACGCUACAGAAAAAACUUAUUGAUGUUAACAUUUCUAUUAGUAUGACAGGAAAUAACGGUUUCCUAAGCUCCAAAAAUAUUUAUAUUAUUAUCUUUUGUAAAAGUAUGUACAAAAACGACACACACAUGCGAGAGUCGCUGUUUUUCGUGCUAGCCAAAACAACAAAGGAUAAGUAAUUAUAAUAGCUUUGAUCGCUAUACAUCACAGCAUGUAUUUUAUGGCAUGGAAACCCAUUAAAAUAUCGAUGUUAUUACUGCAAA